AGGACCCCUCCUGCUCCCCGCGAGCCGGCCUGCCGCCUGCAGACUUCAGUCCGUCUGUAGCCGCCCCGAGGCGCCUAAGCUCAAACAGCCCGCUUCAACGGCACUCCCCGCUUUCUUGACGUAGAGGAGAAUAAAAUCCCACAUUAACCAAAAAAAUGUUGAAGCUAAUUCUUCGAUAUCACCACAACUUCCUUGGAAGAGAUUUUAAAUAUCGGGCGUUGUGACCCCCAAUUAAAUCUUACGUUCCAUAUAAAGUUACAAAUAAUUUUCACGUUUAAUUGUCACAACUUUUAAAGUAAACCGUAACGGUCAGUUUCAUUUAAGUUUCAGUAGCUAAAUUAUUUUUAUAUGGAGCGUUAUCUCGGAGCGGAGUUUCCCUGAGGAUUGUUUAAAGUUAGUCGUGCUUAAAGCGUUGAUGUGUGAGCCAAGCUUGCACCGGUUAGGGUAAUGAAGGGUAGGUGUUGUUAAAUGGGGGCGUGGUGAGGUCAGGAGUGGGUAUCAGUGGCGAUGCUGCCCUACAGCGAGGACUUGGUGUGGCUGGUGGUGGUGGGGUUUGUGGUGGCGUUCAUCCUCGCGUUCGGUAUUGGCGCCAACGAUGUGGCCAACUCGUUCGGCACCAGCGUUGGCUCCAAGGUGCUCACGCUCACGCAGGCCUGCGUCCUCGCUACCAUCUUCGAGAUCGCCGGAGCUGUGCUUAUUGGCUACAAAGUCUCUGACACGAUGCGCAAGGGCAUCCUAGACGUGUCUCUGUACGAGGACGGCGGCGAGCGUCUACUAGCCUGCGGGUGCCUCUCGGCCCUGGUGGCCAGUGCCGCCUGGCUGAUCGUGGCCACGGGGCUGCGGCUGCCGGUGUCCGGGACGCACUCCGUGGUCGGCGCCACUGUCGGGUUCACUUUGGUGGCUAAAGGACCUGUUGGCAUACGGUGGUCGACGAUUGGAGCUAUUGUGGCGUCGUGGUUCAUAUCUCCGGCGAUGAGCGGCACGGUGUCUGCCGUGCUGUACUGGCUGGUGCGGCGCUUCAUCCUGCGCUCCGCCAAGCCGCUGCAGUCGGGCCUGCGCGCGCUGCCCUUCUUCUACGGAGCCACCGUCGCCGUCAAUGUCGUGAGCGUCGUGCAUAACGGGCCUAAGUUGCUAGCCAUGGACAAGAUCCCGCUGUGGGCGGCGCUGGCCGGGUCCAUAGCGCUGGGAGCCAUCAUCGGGGGGCUCGUGAGGGCCUUCCUCGUCCCGCACUACCAACGGAAGCUGGGCGAGAAGCCGGUUAACUUUACUUUCGGUCACUCUAAUGAAACAACUCCAGCCGAUACACCAACGCACUCAAGUAAACUGAGCGUCCCUCACAGACCACUAUCUCUCGUUUCCGACGACGGUAAGGUGCUUGAAGUGAUAGCGGAAGCCGCGGAAAUGGUGACUCUGAGCGAAGCGGACAAAGUGUCGCUGGGCGUCCGGGAGAUGAACGCGCGCAACCGAGCGCUGCUCGCGACCAUGGACGAUUGCAGCAUCUUGUCACGCAGUUUGAGUCCGCCAGACAAAUCCCGGCUGCAGUUGGUAGACGCGGAUCCGCAGAUCAACACGCUCAAGUACAUCGAUGAAACCAUCAGCUGCUGCAAGAGCUUCGACUCGGCGGGGCUGGCGGGCAUGGGCGAGAGCUACGACUCGCGGAACAUCUUCCUGGGCGACUCGUGCGACACCAUCGCGCGCGCGGAGUUCGACCGCCUCGUCGCCGAGCACGUGCUGCCCGUGAUCGAGUGCGACACGCCCUCGUUGCUGUGCGACGACAUCACCGAGAUCAAGAUGAUGCCAGGAAGCGGCAGCGCGUGGAGUAUCGACCAGGCGUGCGGUCCGACGAAGCUGCCGGCCAUCACCCCCAACUCGAGCGCGGCGCCGCUGCUCCGGGCCGCCACGCCGCCGCCCGCGCCGCCCGCCGACGCCCCGCCUCCAGACACCUUGAAGCUGUUCUCCUUCCUUCAAGUCCUGACGGCCACGUUCGGGGCCUUUGCUCAUGGGGGCAAUGACGUGAGCAACGCGAUAGGCCCGCUGGUGGCUCUCUGGCUGCUGUACUCGGAGGGCGGGGCGCACGCGCGCGCGGAGACUCCGUUGGCCAUCCUGGUGUUCGGCGGCGUGGGCAUCGCGCUCGGCCUGUGGCUGUGGGGCCGCCGCGUCAUACAGACCGUUGGGGAGGACUUGACUAACAUCACUCCGGACACAGGGUUCACGAUCGAGCUGGGCGCGGCGCUGACGGUGCUGGUAGCCAGCAAGGCGGGGCUGCCCGUGUCCACCACGCACUGCAAGGUGGGCUCCGUGGUGUGCGUGGGACACUUCUCCGACAAGCCCGUCGACUGGAGCCUCUUCAGGAACAUAAUCUUCGCGUGGGUGGUGACGGUCCCGGCGGUGGCGGGCAUGGCGGCUCUCACGAUGCUCGGAUUAGAAACAUUCGUCGUUUAGUUCACUAAAUACCAACUAUUAUAUGUUUAGGGACUCUAUCCUUAGUAUUUAUUGGCUGGCAUAAAAGGCAACAGUUUUCGCCUCGCCCUCAAAGGGCAUAAGCAAAAGUAUGGACUCGGAACGAAUAUAGCUAUAGGAAAUAGGUAGUUCUUAAAUAAAAAUAAUAUCCACUAUUUUGUCUAUCUGUCUAUCUUUACAUUUAUGGUUGGUUCUGAAAUGCAUUAAGGAUUUUCACUAAUGGAUCGGGACCAGAGAUGGCCUAUCUUACUAUCAUUUUUAUAUAUUUUUGUUUUCCGAGCCAGACACCCGUAUGAUAUGGAGAAAAGAAGUGAUAGAUAUUUUGGCAUUUGAGGUACAAAGCAACGCACAUGUAUAUUCCAGCAUAUCAACGAGAAGCAAUUAAUAACGGGGCAUGAUUCAGGAUACGGGCGGUUUAUACGGCUGAUAGGUACCUAAGCCUGAAAAUACCCUCACAAAAUAUACGCCUCGAAGGUGUACCGUCAAAAUAUAAUAAUGCCAAGACUUGAUGAGCUUAUUCCACGUCGGCACAGCGGCUGCAUCAUAUCACAGGUCCAUCCCACAAGUCAUUUUGUUGUAAGCCAGUUCCAAUGCUUAUAUUUAUUUUAUUUUCUAUGUUGGGUCGUCGAAUUAAGUGACCAUGUUUUAUAACGUCAAUUUUUACACAUAAGUAAUAAGUGAUUUAUUACAAAAAACUGAGCAAUUUGAGCCAUUUGAAACCAUGCCAUAUUUUUUAUGCGUUUUUAUAUUGAUGGUUUUAGCCGGUUGGUAUCUUUAAGAAAAUAAAAUCAGUUGGAUGAAACAGUUUCGUAAAAUAAUAUUACAAUAUUAGCUAUUUAUCGGGGCGACAGAAAAUGGAACAAUCCGGGAAUGAGAAGUUAAGUUUCUGGAAGGACUCGAUAGUUGAGCGUGUGUUUGAUGUUAUAAUAGUAAGGCGCUAAGUUAACUUAGAAGUCUAUCUAUAGGCACCUUCAUUGUUGAAUAAAUUAGUUACCAGA